AAAAAAUUGUCACAGAGAACAGAACACGCACAGGCAUAGAGCGUGACGCUUACGUACGUGUCUCCUUUUUCUGACUGCGCCGUGGUUUACAAGCGGUAUGUGGUAUCGACUCCGCAGGCUACCGCACUUGUGAAUGUGAAUUCUUCUUGACGAAAAGUUCAUGUCUCAAGUUAUUUUUUGUUUCUUGUUUUUUUUUAUUCUUUCUGAUUCGAUUUGAAGUUCAGCAUUUGGGGCCGCGAUUCCGUAGCUAUCUAAACCACUCGACACUAAACCACUCUCAUCAUCCACUGUUCACGGUCGGCUGGUCCCACUGAUCACGAAGGAUGCCGUCACUCUGACCACCGACGAAGCGCAAAAAGCGUGAAAAGGAAUAGAAUCGGAAAAGCCAUCGCUACAACAUCGCGGCGCAGCUCCCUUUUGUCGUUUAGGAUAGCUCAAGCAGCUGCUGCGCUUAGAAUAUUUGCGCCUGAAUAAUGUAAACACUGAUUUCUUGCUGGAUUAAGUUUAUUUUUUAUCAUGAACGAUUCGUGACCAGCCAAUCCCGUUGGUAACGGUGGCGGAGAGCGUCUCAUACCAACGACGAAGCGCGAAAGAGGGCUACGAUCGGAAACAGAGUUGUCACUCCGGCAUCGCUCUUUUCUUUUCCCUCAGGAGCUGAUGAGCAUCAACGGCCUGUCGGAGAGCGCCUACUGGCUGGGAAACCUGAUGGGCGCCUUCUUCGAGAUGUUUCUCGUGCAGACGCCGCUCAUCACGCUGUUUCGGUACGACCCUAUCAGUGGAGCGACCGGCCUGUGGACGAAGAGCGAAACCACGGUGCUCGUCGUGUUCUUCACCAUCUACUCUGCAGCCGCCUCGUGCUUCGCCAUCAUCAUCGCCAUCGUCAGCCCGAGGCCGAAUAUCGCGGCCAUCCUGACUUUCAUUGUGAUGGUGAUGACCCUCAUCCUGCCCAUUACCAUCCUGGCGGUAUCCGGAGCCACCCUCUUGGACAGGAAAGAAACGGCGAACCCUUACAACUUAAUCUACCAGGCGGUGUGCCUCUUGCCGAACGUUGGCUUCGCCUAUGGCAUCACGCUCAUCUGCGAGAGCGAAGAACUGGGAGAAGGCAUCACGUGGAAGAACUUCGCGUCUCACAGGACCUUCCACCAGCUGUCCCUUCGCAAGAUCUCCAUCGCCUUGCUCACGUCGUGCUCCGUGAGCUUGGCUCUGGCCUGGUACCUGAAGAACGUCUGGCCCUUCGGCUACAGCUUCCCCAAGCCGUGGUGGUUUCUCGUGAUGGUACGCAACUUGCCCUCGGUGUGUUUCAAUGUUUGCCGUAGACGGCUAAAUUGACGGCUGACCCUACGGCGGCCGUGUGAAGCCGAUCGUUCCGGUUGCCGGUCGAAGAGAGAGCUUCGCGAAGACAUUAUCGAAAAGAAAAACGAUGUAAGCUGCUAUGGCU